UCUCUCUCUCUCGAACGCACAAAAUCACGGAACGGCUUCUCAUUAGCUUCGACGCUCUCAUCGAAGUUGCUUUUGUCGUCGAAAGCAAAAAAACGUCGCACAGUUUUUAUUUUAUUAAACUUUUUUUUUUUUUCUAAAUUCGUGACGCAAAAAAUUUUAAGUAAUUCAGUUAUUUAAAUCAAAAAGGAAAAGAUGGCCAACAGAAUGAACGAGUCGUCGUUGAGAUUAAAACGCGAAGCGUUUUACCGCGAGAUAGCCGCGAGAGUUAUGCGCUCUAGGAGCUGCAAGCGCGGCCUGGGCCAGGCGUUGGCCGCCAUCGAGAAGAUAGUGCCGGGCAGCGAGGAGGUGCUCUGGUUCUCGCGUCGAGCCCUGCGCGGCCAGGACACGCGGGUGCUGCGACUGCUGCUCGAGCUCGGCCUGGGCAGCUGCCACGACGACGACGACCACCACCGCCACCGGAACGACGCAACGACGAUCGCACUACGCAACAACGGUCGCAAACGCAAACGCGACGGCACGAUCGUGAGGGAUUCGGAGCGAGGAGCCGAGCAAGACAGAAAUCCGGCGGACCGCUACGGGCUGACGUACUUCCACGCGGCCUGCAUGAGCGGCCACGUGGCCAGCGUCGAGAGCUUCAUCGAGUCCGGCCGGGUCGAUCUGGACCAGCGCGUCGUCACGAAGCACCCGAGCAUGCCCAGCACGGCGCUGCACAUGGCCGUGAAGUACGGCAGGCUGGAGGUGGCGAGGCUGCUGCUGGGGGCCGGCGCCGAUCCCCGCGCGCUCGAUCGCCGAGGCCGAUCGGCCCUGCACAGAAUCUGCGAGGACGGCGUCACCCGUAGCCUCGUGGAUCGGCCCAAGAGGAAAUUCGUGCACGAUCACGAGCCGGCCCUCGAGAUCGUCAAGCUGCUACUCGAUCACGGCCCGGACGAAAUCGAUCGAGAGGACGAUCGCGGCGCGACGCCGCUGCAGUACGCCGUCGCCUCGCUGCAGUUCGAGCUGGUGGAGGAGCUGCUGGCGCGCGGCGCCAAGGUCAAAGACGUGGUCUUCGAAGGUGGCUACUUCGAUCUCGCCCGUCCUCGUCCGUCGCUGAGAACAACCGAAAAUCUGAUCGGUAUCGUCGAGACACUGAUGGGCUACGGAUACGAGAUGAGCAGCGAGAGCGAGUUGAAAGUCAUGCACUUUUUGAUGGACGUCAACAUGCACGAAUACGAUCCGGAGGUUGAUCAAGCCCAGCUCGUCUUGGAGUACGGAUCGGAACAGAAAAUCGGCGAUUUAAUCGAUCAAUUCGAGAGUGACUUCAAGAACACCCCAAUCCUCAAAAAUAUGUCCACCUACAGUAAGCUUAGGAAAAAGUCGCACGAGAUGAUGGCGAUUCAGCGCCACCUCGAGGUCCUCCACGUCGGUGGAAUGUAUAAGAGCGCCAACAUCCGGAGGCUCGUGGACGCCUUCAAGGAGGCCUGCGACUGCUAUCGCGGCUACUUCGCCGUCGAAAAUUUCCACUGGCGAUUCGGCGAGUCCGACGCCGAGACGACGUUGCUGCGAUCGCAACUGUCGACCGCGUUAACGAACGAGAACACGAACGAUGGGAAACAAGGAGGCAACGAUCGUAUUCAGAACCGCAUCACAUACGAAGACGAUGAUGAGAGCGUCGAGGACGAUGCGGUUUCCGAACACAACGAGCACAGCCACGAGGACGACUGGGAGAUGGAAGCACCGGACGUCUUCAACAGAUUCGCCGAGGAAACCAAGAGAGCCGGCGAGAUCGCGAUCGGACGGUCGGGCACGACCAUUCUGGACGUUUGCCGAGCCGUGCCGGAGGAGAGAUAUAAUCUGCUACUUACCGCAACGAAAUGGCCCGUCAUCGACGAGGAACUGAGAAACAAAGAGUUCAGCUUGGUCGGUGGCGUUCUGGAGGGCAUCGUGGACAAAACUCUGGUGCGGGAGUACGCGGCGGUCGUGGCCUCGAAGUAUUUCAGCUCUCUGUUGGCGGUCAACAUGCCGUACUACUGUCGUCGAAAGAUAAUCGGCCACCUGUCGAACGAGGAUUUGUUGAACUUGUGCACAGCUGCUGUGCGAUCGGGUUGAACGCCUCGUUUCAUACUCUAUAUUUUUUAAUACUUAUAGAAGGACCCUUGUGAUUACAUUUAAAAAUUGCGAUUAUUGUGUAGCAAUAUUUGCAAUCUUGAUUUCAAUGUGACGGUAAUGUGCUCAUUAUAUGUAAAUAAUACAUAACUGUAUUUAACAGUUACUUAAAAAAUUUCUAUUAUUGAUUAAGUAGAUGUAACGUAACAUUUGACAUGAAGAUUUUAUAAUAAUAAGAAAAAAACAUGUUUGA